CCAAAUCCCAAGAUAUAAAGAACUCCUCGUUGUACCGAUGGAGUAUUGAUUGGAGAAAGCGAGGAAAGAGUCGAAGGGAGGGAGGAAAUUCGUCAUACUAUUUUUCUCGACGCUAAACUGAAAUACGAAGAAGGCAAUUAAAGUGCUAUGACUGAAAUGCAUUCGUCCUCGUCCUCGAAUUCUCACCACCACCCUGCACCACAGCGCCCCAGGUCGCAGGUAUUUGCUGGGGACAUGAUUCCACAGUUAGAACGACUAGAAAGUACAUCCUCCAGAACGUCCACCCCACAUUCUCACUCCCAUUCUUCCCACUCUCAUCAUCACCAACAGCAGUUUACGAAACAUCAUUCAGAAAUGGAGGAUCUGCGAAGUCGUGUCAAUCAAAUGGAAAAGACGAUGAAGUGGUGGUCCGACUGUACCCUUAACUGGCGAGAAAAAUGGAGUCAAGUCCGAGCGGAGAGGAACAAGCUUAGAGAGGAAUUGAAGCGGAUAAAAGCUGGAAAACAUCCUGUUGACCUCAAAUCUCAAGGAACGCAGACUUGUGAGACUAAUUCUUCUUCUACUGGAUUUUAUCAUCAAACAAAUAAUGGAGGGGACUGGUAUAUGGCUGAGCAGAUUAUUGCCACCAAGCUACAAGACGCGUAUAGGACGAUUGCGAUAGAACGAGAGGAGAAAUUACACUUGCAUCGGUCAAUAGAACGUCUGCAGCAGGAUCUCGCCGAAUUUCAGACUAUUUAUCACGAUUUACGGAGAGAAAUCUAUGAAUUGAGAACGACUGGAGAAACUCGGAAUCACAAACAAAUAUUAAAUUCUCAACAAGCAUUACACAAGGAGCAGACUCAAGGAUAUCAAGAUAUCAUUAGACCCUUUCCAGAACGAAAAGGUGAUGCCAGACCAACAAAUGUUUCCAGACUCGCAAAAUCUGACAAACAUUUGCCCACAAAACCAAUUAGUGGCGAGUCGCCUUCUGAGAUCAACCGAUCGGCAGGAGCAGGGAUGAGUGUUAUCCAACAGCCACCUUCACAUUUGUUAUCUGGUCAUUCUCCUGCUAGUCACGUUGCAGCAGCUACUCCUAAAAAAGAUUCUUCAGCAGUCGUCAGUUCAAGCUCAAAAAAUCCGAGAUCACCAAUUUAUGCAAAUGCCAACAUAGCAAAGUCACCCAAAAUCAUGGGCUUGAACAAUCCACUUGAAUCUGCUCCUCCACAUGUUUCAGAACUUAUACAACAACCGGCAACAACGGCUAUGGUAGAAGAUAUAAAUCUGCAGAUCGUUGAGGAUAUUACUGCUCAGGAUUCCCCUUCGGACUUUGGGGGUGCUAAGUUGAACAUCAUAGGAAAUAAGCGUCUUGCUCAAACUUGCCAAGACUAUGAAAAUUUGAAUGACCUUUUAAAUGAACUAACAUCAUGUGGAGCGCAAGCUGAAAUUCCAUUAGUUAGACGUACAACCUCUGCUGCUGCAGAAUUGUCGGUGUGUUCUACAAUUUCAAUGACCCACAAUCUGAAAGAGCAUAGCAUUGAAAUACUACCACCAAAUACUACAAAUGGUGGUGAUAUUGCUAAAAUGGACAAAAUUCCCACUGAAGUUGAAGAAAUCCAAGAAGAAACACCCCUGUCAUCAUUCGAUCAUCAUCAUAGGAGUAAAUUGGAAUCCGAGACACCUAGUCGAAACCAAGUGGAUUUAGUCCAAGUAAAUACAAGUUCUGAGAUCGGGGCGACUAGUCGUAAUCAUUCAGAUGCGAGGGAGGAGGAUAAUACGACUUCCGACUUGAAAGACGGACUGCAAAAUGAUAAGCCUAUCGUUAAAGUGGAAGCCACAGAAACUGCGUCCUCCCCUUCAGCUGAUGCCGAAGAUUUCCCUUCUAAUAAUGAGUGCCAUGUUGCUUCUAGUCAUAGUGACGGAACCGUUAAAGUUGAAGGGAUAACUAAGAGUCUGACAAAGGAAAUGCUAAUACCACCCGCUUCACGAGAUGAGCCCACCAACAAUGAAGACCUUGUAUUGAGUGACGGUGGCGAUGUCAAAGGUCCUUCCGAGACUGAUAUCGAGGGACCAGCAGCAGCAACGACACCACGACAGGAAACUAACCAAUCCAGCCCCCUUCUGAAAGAAGUUUGUUCACCGCAGUUGAACAACUGUGACGUAUCUCUGGGGACGCCUGAGUCGUUGGUGUCACCAUCAAACUCUGCGGGCGAUGUUAAAGAACGAACCAGUGAUCCUAAUUCUAAUGAAGAGGAACAAUUGAAGAGAACAAGCAACGAACAUAGGAACGUGGAGGACGAUUCGGGUAACUCGGAUCUUGAAAAUGUUUUAGAUCAGAAUGAUAAAGAUUUUGCGACUUCCGUGUGAUAAAUUACUCAUGCAUUAUUUCGCCGAUAGUGAAGAGAUUCAGAUAUGUAUUAUGUGUAUGGGCAAGAUCCUAUCUGUUAAAGAUCAUUCACGUUUUGUCACACAAAUUGCUCUCUUUAAAAUGCAGAAAUGGUUGCAAUGCAUGAAAAUGAUUUGUUACAUAAUACUGCUUAUUUUGUAAAGUUGUUUUAUGAUUUGCAAUAAGCUGCUUUUGUGCGAAUUUACCUGUUGGAAAUUGAAAUCACGGAGAAUGUCAUCUUGUAAUUAUGCAAAUUUUCACAGUCAGUGUAAGAAAUUCUGGUCACAAUAAAUUAAAAUAAAAUUAAAA